UGUUAUAUAGAUGUCUUUGAACGAAUAUCGGAUAUGUGUUGUUACACUGGAGACUGAACCCAAAGCUUAACCGUGACAGACCGCUAGAUAGCUAACGACCCGUUACUUGAAAGCUAAACCACUAAAUAAUUAACUGUCUGGCUGUUGUACUACUAGCUACUAACAUUAGCUGGCUUUAUGUUUGCGUUCAUUGCAAGUGAUUUACUAGAUAGCUAUAUAUUUGUACGUAACGUUGUUAUCUGACAGUCGGCAACAUUUGUCUAAUAUAAUAUUGCAAGGCCGUUGUCUGUUAAUUGACUAAAUGUCUGGUCUUUUCACUUUUCCAUUCAAAUGAAGCCUUUCAGAAAGACAGUUCGGUUGUAAGUCACGCUGGGAUGGGUUCAAUUCCCUGUCGGUCAAAAUGGAAAAUAAGGGGACUGAUGAGGUGGAGAAGUUGAAGACAAAGUUCUUGUCAGCAUGGCACAAUGUGAAGUACAACUACAGUAUUUACCAAGAAUUGGUAUUACAGUCUGAUUCAUUAGGUUGGGCGUUGAAGUCAAAAACCUACUUCAGUCGAAAUUCCCCGGUGUUCCUCCUGGGAAAAUGCUAUCAUUUUAAAGCUGAAGAUGAGCAUAGCUCCACAGAGAGCAGCAGCACCGAGGCCUGUGCUGCGUCCCCUGCCACGGGAGGGGGCGUAGAGGCCUUCCGGAGGGACUUUGCUUCCCGUCUGUGGCUGACCUACAGGGAGGAGUUCCCUGCGCUGCCCGGUUCCUCCCUGACCUCUGACUGUGGCUGGGGCUGUAUGCUGAGGGCGGGACAGAUGAUGCUGGCUCAGGCCCUCGUAUUGCAUUUCCUGGGCAGAGACUGGACGUGGUCGGAGUCUUUGAGCCUUCAGCCCUUGGACACAGAGACUUGGACCACCACUGCAGCCAAGCGCCUGGUGGCCAGCCUGGAGGCGUCACUGCAGGGGGAGAGGCCUUCAGACCCAGGGCCGCCACUCCACGCCCUGGGGGCUCACGGGGGCGCAGAGGAGGCCGACACGCACCUUAGGGAGGUCUACCACCGCACUCUGGUGUCAUGGCUAGGGGACACCCCCCAGGCUCAGCUGGGGGUCCACAGGUUGGUGGAGCUGGGCCUGGCGUCGGGGAAACAGGCAGGGGACUGGUAUGGCCCUGCCGUGGUGGCACACAUCCUCAGAAAAGCUGUAGAGAAGGCAACAGACCCAGGGCUGGCAGGAAUAACCUCUUAUGUCUCCCAGGACUGUACAGUGUACAGUGCUGAUGUCAUGGACAGCCACCGGUCGUGGUUGGCUGGGGACGCGGAUGCCCCGCCCCUUUCGGACACCCGGGCGGUCAUCAUCCUGGUGCCGGUCCGUCUGGGGGGAGAGAAGAUCAACCCGGAGUAUUUCAACUUCGUCAAGGGCAUACUGAGUCUGGAGUACUGCAUCGGCAUCAUCGGAGGAAAGCCCAAACAGGCCUGCUACUUUGUGGGCUUCCAAGAUGACAGCUUGAUUUACAUGGAUCCUCAUUACUGUCAGUCUUUUGUGGAUGUCAGCACUAGCCAUUUCCCUCUGCAGUCAUAUCAUUGCCCAUCACCAAAGAAGAUGCCUUUCAGUAAAAUGGACCCAAGCUGUACCAUAGGCUUCUACUCUAGAAAUGUCCAGGAUUACGAACGAAUCAGUCAAGAAUUGUCCAAGGUGCUGCAGCCGUCAGCGAAGGAGAAAUACCCCGCAUUCACUUUCAUGCAAGGUCACCGAAGAGAUUACAACCUUUCAGCUGCCCUGACCCCGGAGAAGAGGGAAUGGCCCUUCAUCCGUGACCCGCGGACAACGGCCGCCACCUCGGGAGACUUUGUGCUGCUCUGAAGGCUUACGCCAAGGGCAAAGGUCGCGGUCAGAGACUUAUCAGCGACCGGCUAAGUGACGUUACCACAGACUGACUGAAACAGGGUUAACCCGAGGCCAUUGCUGUAACGACUGGACCUAUCAUGACCUCGGACAUUUUAUGGAUGCCUUAUGGAUCCUAUAGAUAGUCCGCUAUUAUUUCAGACACAAAAAAAAAAACACAUCCACUAUGUGUUCCUGUUCUCAGCCCAGCAUUCAUGGUUUAAUUAGCAAAAGUGAAAAUCAUUUCAAUUGUUCGCCUAUACUGUCGGUAGCUGCUGUUGGUUUUUCCUGGGCCGAUGUGACGUGUAACAUUGGGAAACGGAUCGAAUUGCCAAGGUCCCUACGAGGGGUAUGAUGGUGUACUGUCUUAUACACUGCAUUAUUAACACUGCUGGAGAAUUGGGUGCCUUGUCUUUUCAGAAGAGGAAUUCUCAGCCAAUGUAGCCUUUUUGGAAACGAGUGUUGCGCUACAGGAGCGGGUGGUCCUCAGAGAGUAUGUGAGGAUGGAUAUCACUGUGUUUCUGUAGCUGGGCCUUAUACCAUGCUAAUGUGGGAGACUUCCAUUGACAUAUUGAGCAAUACUCAGAAACCACCCAAUGUUUUAUCGGUUAAAGAGGUUGUUCGGUAUAAUGUUUUAUAUUAGGAGGAGUUGAUGUUGCCAUAUCAUUUCAGGACAUUUUUUUUUUUUUUACAGUGCUAGGUUAUUUAAGCAUUUAUGAUUAUUGUCCUGAAACGGUACUUUGGUUUAUGACGUGCAUUGUUUUUUUCUUCUCAAAGCAAAUUGCAUUUGUCAUAAUGGGAAGGUUUGUCACUGUCAAAGUCUGUGGGGGUGAUGGUUACCAUAGUUGGUUUUAUUAUGAAUUCACUAAUAACAAACUUAAAACACACUAUAACAGCAUACUAAAUUAACUAAAAUAGUUUAAUCAUAUUGUUUAAAAAACCUUUGUAGAAUCCACAGUUUUAUAUUUGGGUUAAAAAUAAGUUUAAAUGGAAUUGAACUGUUGUACCAAAGGCUAAGAUCUUGCUUCACAAUCAGCCUCUCAACUGUAAAUUCAUAAAGACAGCAAAAUUCUACCUGUGUUACCAAAUGUUGGCAAAAUUCAUCUCUUUAUCACGAUAUUGAUUCUCACACGUCUGUGCAGCAAAGUAGAAUAAAGUCAUAAAACCUUUUUUAGAUUUUCUGUGCGCCUAUCUACGCUGUUCGAAAUCAUUAAAGAGAGAGAUGGCUCUGGAAAAAAACAAA